AGCGCGGAGCCAGCGGCGGGGCGCUGCCGGGCGAGCCAGCAUGUCCUCCAUCCUGCCUUUCACUCCUCCCAUCGUCAAGCGGCUCCUGGGCUGGAAGAAAGGGGAGCAGAACGGGCAGGAGGAGAAAUGGUGCGAGAAGGCGGUGAAGAGCCUGGUGAAGAAGCUGAAGAAGACGGGGCAGCUGGACGAGCUGGAGAAGGCGAUCACCACGCAGAACAUCAACACCAAGUGCAUCACCAUCCCCAGGUCGUUAGAUGGCCGGCUGCAAGUAUCUCACCGGAAAGGUCUUCCCCAUGUGAUUUACUGCCGGCUGUGGCGGUGGCCAGACCUUCAUAGCCACCAUGAGCUGCGUGCCAUGGAGAUGUGCGAGUAUGCCUUUAACAUGAAGAAGGACGAAGUCUGCGUGAAUCCUUACCAUUACCAAAGAGUGGAAACCCCAGUGUUACCUCCAGUGCUGGUGCCUCGGCACACAGAGAUCCCAGCUGAGUUCCCGCCGUUAGACGAUUAUAGUCAUUCUAUUCCAGAGAACACUAACUUCCCAGCAGGUAUCGAGCCGCAGAGCAACUACAUUCCAGAGACACCUCCUCCGGGCUAUUUGAGUGAGGAUGGAGAAACUAGUGACCACCAGAUGAACCCCAGCAUGGAUGCAGGUUCUCCAAACUUAUCACCGAACCCCAUGUCUCCAGCACACAAUAAUCUGGAUCUGCAGCCUGUUACCUACUGCGAGCCAGCUUUCUGGUGCUCGAUAUCCUACUAUGAACUCAACCAGCGAGUGGGAGAGACUUUCCACGCCUCGCAGCCCUCUAUGACCGUGGAUGGUUUCACUGACCCAUCUAAUUCGGAACGCUUCUGCCUUGGUUUACUGUCUAACGUGAACAGAAAUGCAGCAGUGGAACUCACAAGACGACACAUUGGGAGAGGAGUGAGACUCUACUACAUUGGCGGCGAGGUGUUUGCCGAGUGCCUUAGCGACAGUGCCAUUUUUGUCCAGUCUCCCAACUGCAACCAACGCUACGGCUGGCACCCAGCAACGGUUUGCAAGAUUCCACCAGGAUGUAACUUGAAGAUUUUUAACAACCAGGAGUUCGCCGCCCUCUUGGCUCAGUCCGUAAAUCAGGGCUUCGAAGCUGUGUACCAGCUGACCAGAAUGUGCACAAUUCGGAUGAGCUUUGUCAAGGGCUGGGGAGCAGAAUACAGGCGGCAGACUGUGACCAGUACUCCCUGCUGGAUUGAACUGCAUCUUAAUGGUCCCUUGCAGUGGCUAGACAAGGUCCUUACACAAAUGGGCUCCCCCAGUAUUCGUUGUUCCAGUGUCUCCUAAGGAAACAUCUCCUGGGGGUGGGUGGGAGGAACAAAGACUCUGGAAAAUGGAAUUGGCUUAACCCUUAGCAAAAUGCAUAGUGCAUAGUAAACAAAUUCCCAGUCACUGAAGUGAUGAGAAAAAAAAAUCUGCGGAAAAAAAAAAAAAAAAGGUGGUUUUUUUCUUUGUUUUCUUUUUUUUUUUUUUUUUUUAAACUAAAACCCCAUUUAAGCCACUUCCACUGAAACCGUUAGCACUUUGGUUACAGUGCUAUGGGCCAUUGGAGUUAGAAUUUGCAACCGAAGUUUAUGAUGAUAAAAAACUGGACUUUGCUUCAGCGGAGGGAAGCCAGUGCUCUGGCUCCAGCCGUGCCCUGCCUGGCGGGCCCCGUGCUGCUGUGAGCACGCAGGAGCCACCGGCGCCUCGGAGGAAACUUUCCCUUUGCCUCGCUCAGCUCCAGGCUCGUGUCGUGCAGCUUCUCCGAAAAGCCAGACACCGUGGGACUUGGGGACGACUCUUGCUCGUGCAGGCCUGUCACCGUCUCCCUGAUCCCCACCUGUGCUCCCUGGGCUUGCAGCAGCAGCGGGGAAAGGAGGCGUUUAAAGCACCCGCAAGAACUGAUCCCCCCAGUAAUGCUGCCAAAAGGAAUUAAUUUCCCACGCUGGACUACGAAGGAGGCAGAGUCUUGCUUCAUGCCUGAGGGAUGCAGCAGAUAACCCUGAUGGUCUCAGACUGGAUUGACACGAAGCCAAAGGCCAAGCUUAAGGCUCCUUCUGCUAUUGCUGCGUCGACUUUUGACUCGAGCUGCUCACAGACAGACACUCGUCCCGUGGGGAGCUCUGGCUGGAUAAGUUAAGCCUUCGUUAUUGUGCAGUCUGUUUGCAUUAACUACAGAAAGUUUGCAUUCUGUUUUCUCGGUAUGUUGGAUGGUGUCUGCCACUUGUUAAGUCUUAGGGGCUUAGUGAAUCCAGUGUCCAGCUCUGCUCUAGUGAUGGAAGUGAACAGGCCCUUGCUGCCAUUUUCAGAAUAUGCAAUUUAAUAGGUUUUCCCAUGCUGUCACACGUGACUGCACAUGAACCAGGACAUCUCAGACACAGAACCCCUCUGUUUAAAACUUAUUUCAGCUGAUUAAAACUCUCUGAGAUGUGUUUUUGCCUGGAGAAAUUGGGAGAGUGUGUAUUUACUUGUAUUAUAAAAUGUUCCUUUUAAACAUACAUGCUCCAGACUGUUUAAUAUUUUUUUUUCCCUGCAGCAACUGUCAUGGCAAACAACUUCCACAACUGGAAAAAAAACCUUAGCACUUGUUUUUAUGGUUCAAAUUUGCCAAAUAAGUCUCAUAACUUCGUUAGUGCUGUCCAAUUAUCCGUUUCUUUAUAUCUGCAUUGAAUAUCAUAUGCCUUUGUGCCAAAAUAUUAGAAGUGGGAGGGGAGAAAGUGAUGAUCAGUUUCCUAUGGAAAUUUUUUUUUUUUUUUUUUUCUUUUGUCAUAUACGACAGACAAACACAAAAGCUAGAUGUGGCUCUGGGAAGGACAGACCCGGACGGACUUGACAGUGGUUGGCGUUGAGGCUUUGGUCCUGCAGCUCCCGAGCGCCCCGGUCCCAUAAUGGGCUCUUGACUUUUCACGGCAUUUCAGACACUUCCCAGGAAUUUCCAUGUACCUGCCUAUCUGUAGAGGGAGGCUUUUCCCAUGUGCUUGUUCCUUUGAGACUGCUCUGUUUGUCAACCCCCACCGCCUGGUUUGCAAAAAAAAAAAAAAAAAAAAAAUAUAAAAUAACCCCACGGCUUUUGGACCUGUGGCCUCAGCAAGGCAGGGCACGAGGCGCCCCUCGGUCGGUGGACGCAGGAACAGAUGAUCCCAGGGGCUCGUUGCCGCUGGGUUUUUUUACCAGGCAAACGAGGGGAUGCUGCAGAGAGUUUUCCUCCAGGAACAAGAGGUGACAUUUUGUAUGUGAAAUUUCAAUUCUGAGGAAGACUUUCAGGGGUGGAUGUGCUCCUGAAUGAUACAGGCACUUUGGAAUGGCCUCUUGCAGAAUUUUGACUGUGUAACGCCGCUUGUAUCAUAGCGCUGGAGGUUUCCUAGGAUUUUUGGGUUUGGUUUUGGUUUUUUUUUUUUUUUUUUUUUAGUUUUUGCAAUGUGUCUGAUUUUAGUUAAAUCUCUGAUUGCACAGCCUUGUGCAAAAAGAGCAUCUGUAUAAAAUAGCAUUUUCUAGCCACUUAAAAAGUAGGUCUGUCUGUCAUUGUGGAUUGAUUUGGCAUAUACUUUCAGAUACAGGUCUCUAACGUAGCUGCAAACACAAAUUUAUCCUGACUUUUGUGGAAGUUAUUUGACUUGCUGUUUUAGCGAGAGAGGGGGAAAAAAUCUGCUAUGUAAAAUGGCCCCAGGUUUCCUCCCCGAGUGUCUUUAACUGUUUUCAUUGUCCGCAUAAUCACGGAGGAAGUUGGACUCUGUGGUGCCUUGUGCAUUAGCAACGAAAAUGACUCUUAAAUUCCAGUGUCAGAGAGUUCAGUGCACGCAACGGUGUGUGCAGGAGCCCGGCCUGACCCAGAAGCUCCAAGCUGGAACAAACCUUAAUUUUAAAAUGAAGUUUGCACACAGAAUCGCCUCCUCAGCCAAACCAAGAAUUGGACCUGGAUUGCUGCUAGGAACCAGAUUUCUGUCUUCUGCUUGAUAAAGGAGAACGGAUUGCUAACUGUUACGAAUAGAUGCCUUUUGUAAAACGAUUCAGAUGAUGCAUAAGAACUUUGGUUGAUCUCACCUCAUCAUCCCUAAAGUAAAACGACUUCACGUGGAAAAUGUAAGCUGGUCUAGCAGUACAGUUAGAUAAAAUUGCAAAGAUUAUCUCCACUAAAGUAUUAAUUUCCUCUCCUCCCCUUUGUUUGCCUUCUCACUAAUUCGUCAAAGCUUUAUGGUUUCUAAACUUACCUUAUAAAGUCAAAUGGAAAGUCCUGUACCGUGCAACAAAAGAUAAAGGCUGGGGGGGGGGGGGGGGGAUCCAAGGGACGUGGCGGCCGAGUUUCCUUCUGUGUUGCAGGGCUGAGGGGGGUGGCAGGGGGGCAGCGGAGCCCCCGCCCCACGCGGGAGGGGCCGGGCCGGUCGCGUGGCGUUAACGCAGGGGAGGAGGUCGCCGGCGGCUUCUCGGGUUUCCUUUUUUUUCCUGCAACUUUAUUAAAGUAGCUUUCGAUAUGUAGCACAAAUGUACGCGAUCAGCCAUGCCCUAGCUUAGAUUACACGUCUGUACUGGAAUAUCUUCUCGUUUAAGGGUAGUCUUGGCUAGUUUUACCUGGAUUUCAUACGUUUUUGUUACUAGCAGAGAGUCACUAGCAGGAACUUUGACUCUUUUUAAUUGGUGUAGCCAUACACAAGGGCCUGGCUGCUGGCAGAUGAUAUUGACGGCCUUGUGGUUUUAAAUGACUGUGGUGAUUUUUUUUUUUUUUUUAAUUAUUAUUAUUAAUGUAUUGAACCGAAUUGCAGUUUGUAUCUUGUAUUAAGCUUGUCUUAGGAGCAAUCCAGUGCUGUCCAUUUGAUUUAAUCGCCAGGAAUCGGCGUGCGUAUGUACAAAGAUGGAGAAAUCUAAUCGUAACAAAUUUCCCCAAAGCUGUGGCUACCCAUAUAUGCCCCAAAAAGGCUGGGGGUAACUUUUGAGAAAGAGUUAAGCAAGUUAGUUUCCUCUCCCCUUCAGGAUCAGCACAGUUUGCGCCAGGCAGAGGACUCCUUUGCAGGGUGAAGAAUAUUCAGGACUCCAUCUCAAGCAGCAAGUACUGCCAUCCGUGCCUUGUGCUACUCACUGACAGGAAAAGCACAAGGGGCAAGAAGAACAGCUCGGUGAAGGACUUCGGCCAUAUCCCAAAACAUCCAGGAGCUUUCCUAGUUCUCCAAGGUACUGGAUAGGUAGGAGGAAUGGAAUUUCACAAAUAAGCUGGUAAGCUAGGAUGAGAAAUAAUUAGUCACUAUAUAGUAGUUGAUUGAGCGGUAUGGUUAAGAAAUUCAGUAUAUGGUUUUUAUUAUGUACAUGCUUUUGUAUUUAUGUUGUCUUUCUCGAAUAUUCGGAUGAAUCAAGUAUUUAAUUUUUCACAGAAAGGGCAGUUAAGGACUCAGAGUAUCAAACCGUUCGCGUGUUCCUUUCUGAUGACUGCUAGAAACGAGGCAAUUACUGACGGUGAGCGCAAGAGACUCACCUCAGCACUGAGCAACCCGCCCCGGCGAAUAAAACAGGACGGGGGCUUCUCCAGCAGGAGCCUUUGCCCGCGUUGCUGUUUGAUCUUUUAGCAACAAGUCAGGUUCCCAGGUGGGCCCGUGAGUCGCGCCCUUCAGAGUUACGAGGCUUUAAAAAGAAAGGAACGUAUUACUCCGUGAACCUUUUGGUCCCUCUUAGGUUUCUGCUGGAGGCAGCCGCCUCCCCCUCUCCAUUGACUGUUCCCCCUGUGAUAGAUACGUAUGAGCAUGUUCGCAUUAGCAUUUAGAUGUUCCUAACCCGGGAUUGUAUGUUAAUGACCAGUGAUGUCACCUCCCUGCUUUAGCUUGUUAAGCAUUACCCACCUGUUUUGUUAUUAAAGGCCUGUAUCAUGUAUGCCCUCUUAUUUCAUACGUGAAACUGUAAGUUCUAUUUUUGACAUUUUAAUAAACUUUGAUUUGAAAA